GACAGUGCAAAAUCACUCACUAUUUAGCAGGAAAGGUGAUUCCAGCGCUCAAACCAAUUGAAUCAGCGAUCUCACAAUCUGGCAAAAAGAAGGGGAGGGACCGGCCGUGUAAUCUAUCGGGGUUGCCUGCAAACGGAGGCUGAGACUGGGGAGAGCGGGAGACGAAAUAAGCUAUAUAUUUAACAAAUCAGCGGAUAUAGUGGAACCAUUAUGAAGAGGAGCAGUGAGCGGAGGUAGGCUCGGCAAUGAUGCCUGCAACCAGAAUAGAGGAACCUGGGAUUGAACCUUGUCUCGGCAGCUCCUUGAAAACCCAUCUGUACAUCUAGCAUCCUCUCUGGGAAACGCUACUAUAUGCAGCCAGUCUGCAUGUUGGAUUAAAGAAAAUUAGCUUUCUCUUGCUGUAGUCUUCUCACAGUAUUGGUUAUUAUUGAUAUUUCACCCUAGUCUGGCAGCUUUGCUGCUCGUCUAAACACAGAUGAAUGAAGACCCCAUUCGGGAAGACAUCAGGCCAGAGAUCCAGAGCUGAUGCAGGGCACACAGGUGUUUCUGCAAGUAUGAUGAAGAAGAAGGGUUCCCACAAAAAGCAUCGAAACAAUGUGGGGCCAAGCAAGCCUGUUUCUCAACCCCGGCGGAAUAUUGUUGGGUGUAGAAUACAGCAUGGUUGGAAAGAAGGUAGUGGACCUGUGACACAAUGGAAGGGAACCGUUCUAGAUCAGGUUCCAGUUAACCCCUCCCUCUACUUGAUUAAAUACGACGGAUUUGACUGUGUCUAUGGACUUGAGCUUCACAAAGAUGACAGGGUUCAAGGUCUUGAGGUUCUGCCAGACAGAAUAGCCUCUUCUCGAAUCAGUGAUGCACACCUAGCAGAUACAAUGAUCGGCAAAGCUGUGGAGCACAUGUUUGAAACAGAAGAUGGAUCAAAAGAUGAAUGGAGGGGCAUGGUUCUAGCCCGGGCUCCAAUUAUGAACACAUGGUUUUAUAUCACUUAUGAAAAGGAUCCUGUUUUAUACAUGUACCAACUCCUAGAUGAUUAUAAAGAGGGUGACCUGCGGAUAAUGCCAGACUCCAAUGACUCCCCUCCUGCUGAGCGAGAGCCCGGGGAGGUUGUUGACAGUCUUGUGGGGAAGCAAGUGGAAUAUGCCAAAGAAGAUGGCUCUAAAAGGACUGGCAUGGUCAUCCAUCAGGUGGAAGCCAAACCAUCGGUUUAUUUCAUCAAGUUUGAUGACGAUUUCCACAUUUACGUCUAUGAUUUGGUAAAAACAUCUUAGGCUUCCUUAAAAGAAGAAACAAAAAAACUUUGCCAAAUGUUUUGAACUUUUUCUCUGGACAACUUGAGGGGACAAAAUGGAUAUUUUGCUUUCCAGGCUCAUAGUAACAUGCUGUAUCCGCCAGCCCACAAUCCCUGCCAUCCAGCAUAGCUUUGUUUCUUUCCAUUUUUUUUUGGGCAUGGGAAUGGCACUGCCCAACAUAACAAUAUUCAACACAUAGGACAGAGGAACAUGCCCCAGGAGGAUGCAGUCUUCACACAUUGUUGUUAUAAGUUAAGAAGUUCAUUCUUCAAGAUGUGUCUGUACAAGAUAAACCACUCCAAGAACAGAAGAAAUAGACAGAAGGUAAUCAGACAGAUAGCAACAGUUUUCAAAGUAAGCUUGGGAGAAUUUAUUCUGGCAAAUCUAGAGGAACCUUUUAGUUUUUGUUAAUUAUGAUUUCAGUUUAGUUUUUUCUCUUACUAAAACAGUUUUUUUUUUUGUUUUAAUCUAUUGAAAAUGUCACUUUUUUUAAAAUGUUUAAACCCACAUCUUUAAAGGAUUAAAAUCAUCAAAUGUGGAAGCUUGCAAUCUGUAUAGGAUAAAGCAAAUUUUAAACCUUUUCUGAAUGCAUACACACUUCCAUAUAAAUAACUUAAUAACUGUUAAGUUUGUUACAUCUGUUUAAAUUAUUUGCAGAUGUAACAUUUUGCCUUAAUUCACCUUAGUCUUGAAUUUGCAAAUAUUUUUUUUUCUUUACAAAAUAUACAGAUUGCUUUGGAAUUUUCAGUGCAAUUCUGUUUUUUUAAUAAUAAUAAUAAUAAUAAUAAUAAUAAUAAUCAAACAUCUCCUCUGGCUAAAACCAAUUUGGAAGGUUAAUUUCUAGUAUGUGUUGCAUAUCUUGCCUGUCAUGUCCAUUUGGUGAUUGUUAGGUACAUUUGGUAUUAUUAGAUAUGCAGUUUUGAAGUAUGCACGUUAAAGCAGAUCUGUAUCACGAAAGCAAGUACCACACUGGAUUAAAGAAUGCUGUUUGUAUGCCUUGCUUCAAGACUGCUUCGCUUCCCAGGUCAGUGUUUCAGCAUCAGGGCAUGUAACAUCAAGAACGCCUGCAAGUAUGGCAUGAAAACCGCUUUCCUUAACCUAGUGUGGUACCGGAUGUCAUUUAAAAUGACAUUUUUUUUUUGGUUUUAGUUUAACAAGUGAUCUUUUAAAACUGUUUGGUCCCUGUUUUAGUUUUUGAACCCACAAAAAAAUGCACUCAAAUCUAUA